AUGCCCUUAUUAGUCCGCGUUCAGUUGGUUGACUUGGCUCACUGGUGUCAGGCGGCGCUAUUGAAGUAUGAAAUCCGGCAUCUGUGGGGUUACCUCACGUGCGUACCCUCAAUCUCGCGAGGAGGCGCAACCUGCUUGCCCCUGUUCACCAUCGCAUGGAGAUUUACAAGUCCCUCGAGGGUGUUGGCACAAGUGAUAUUGCAUCUGCCGCAGCGCAUCGGUGUCGCGGACCAUGGAGGGCGAGCUCGUACAGAUUAG